AUGUUCGUCGUCAACCCCUCUCUCUCUCCUCCCCCUCCAUUGAAGAUCGAAGAAGAAAGCUCUGCCCGGAAACAGAGUUUCAGAGAAUGGGGCGACGCAAAGGCGAGAAGCAAGAACAACCUCCAUACCACGUGAUUCACAAGCUCCCUCCUGGCGACACUCCUUACGUCCGAGCCAAGCACGUCCAGUUGGUGGAGAAAGAUCCGGAUGCGGCGAUCGCUUUGUUCUGGAAGGCUAUCAAUGAAGGAGACAGGGUCGAUAGCGCUCUUAAGGACAUGGCAGUUGUGAUGAAACAGCAAGAUCGAACAGAAGAAGCCAUUGAAGCGAUCAAAUCUUGUAGAGGCCGGUGUUCGGAACAAGCUCAAGAGUCACUGGACAACAUUCUCAUCGACUUGUACAAGAAAUGCGGAAGACUCGAAGAGCAGAUAGAACUAUUUAAGCAAAAGCUUUGGACAAUAUACCACGGAGAGGCCUUUAACGGGAAGCCGACAAAGACCGCACGUUCUCAUGGAAAGAAGUUUCAGGUCACCAUCAAGCAAGAGAUCUCCAGGAUACUGGGGAACUUGGGCUGGGCCUACAUGCAGCGAGGGAAUUAUAUGGCAGCCGAAGUCGUCUACCGUAAAGCUCAAAUCAUCGACCCCGACGCCAACAAGGCCUGCAACUUGUGCCAUUGCCUGAUCAAGCAAACACGAACCACCGAGGCACGUUCAAUCUUGAGCACCAUAUUGCAGGGCGACAUGGUUGGAUCCAAUGAUCCCAAGUCAAAAGCCCAAGCUCAAGAACUACUCAUAGAACUAGAAUCAUCGCACGUAUCGCCUUUGUCUGCACAAGAGUCGGCAUCAAGCGUAGAAGAAGCUCUCGUGCAGGGGCUGGACCAUUUGAUGAAACAGUGGACACCAUUUCGGUCGAAGAGACUUCCUGUCUUCGAAGAGAUCUCUCCCUUUCGGGAUCAGGUGGCGUGCUGAUUUCAUAUU